UGUUGAGACGCUGUUGUUCGAGAGCUCAGUUUCUCUCGGACUUUCACUGGAUUUACACCAAAACUACGCGAAAACCAAAGGAAAUAUCCACCAAAAACACCCCGGGGAACACUAACCUCACCUGUUAUGCUGCUUUUUCACGCCUAAAGUGCGCUCAGGUCACAGGAUGCAUAUGACCCGCAGCCCCGCCUCCCCGGCCCUGCCCCCCUCUCACAUGGCCCCGCCCCCCUCAGGUGCGUCUCCGGGCGAGGCUCUGGACCUGAGCAUCAGCGGCUCUCGGAUCACCGUGACGACCAGACGCCCCAACAGCGCCUCCCCUGGGAAGACCGGGAAAACCUUCAGCCGCUCCGUGUCUGUGAUCGGAGAGACCAGGAAGCACCGGAACACCCUGGCUGAUUCUUUGGGAGGUUCUCGUUCUAUAAAGAAUCUUCGACGUUCCAACAGCACGACUCAGGUUAACCACACCAUCGGGGGGCGCCACAGCCCCGAGGUCAGAGACGACUAUCUGUCCCUGCUCAACGACGGACGCAAGAAACUCAGUCCAGACACCACCACCUGGAACAUACUGGACGAGCAGCCCAGAGUCCCGGUCCAGUCCAGUCCUCGGUCCAGCAGCAGUCUGGACUCUCAGAGCGGAAACAAGAGACGAGAGGCCGGGGUUAGUUUAGCCGCGACCUUCACCGCUAACAACAGGAGUAACAAAGGAGCCGUGGGGAAUUCUGUGAGCACCAUUUUGCACAACAACCACCACAACACGGACAAACCUCUGACCCCAAAGAGCUCCAACCAACGGCCGGCCUUCAAUAACCUCCUAAAGGCCGGCGAUGGCGCUGCUGAGAACUCCUCCGUCACCAAGUCCCAAAAGAACUUCAGCUCCUCCAGCCCCGUGCUCAGUGCUGCCCCCCACAGGAGACGAGAGGCCACCGAGGAGGAGGCCGAGAGGUUCAUCGAGCAGGUGAACCAGGCGGCCGUCACCAUCCAGCACUGGUUCAGACGCCAGAGGCAGAGGAGACGCAGCGGCCAGACACAACAACACCAAACCCAACACCAAACCCAACACCAAACCCAACACCAAACCCAACACCAAACCCAACACCAAACCCAACACCAGCCCCAGUCCCCGGUCCAGGGCGAACUGCACCAACUUCUCAGCUCUAAGAGGAAGGAGCUGGAGCAGAGGAAGUUGGGGGAGCGCAGGUCUGAGCAGCACAAAGACGAGGAGCGGAGGAGGAUCAGAGAGGAGAAGGCUCGGCUCGCCAGGCUACAGGCCAUCCAGGAGCUGCAGCAGAUGAGGGCACAGCGUUCUUUAGAGCCGCAGUUUAACUCUGUGGAGGCAGAACCCUCCAGGAACUCAGGGAGGAGCAAGACCAGACCUGAGACCAGACCUGAGACCAGGCCUGAGACCAGGCCUGAGACCAGGCCUGAGACCAGACCUGAGACCAGACCUGAGACCAGACCUGAGACCAGACCUGAGACCAGACCUGAGACCAGGCCACUGAGCGGGGUCCAGACCGGAGUUAGACCAGAGUCUCCCGGGGAUAAGACCCAGAACCACAGCGACGCUCACCUGAACAUCGACCUGUCAGACCUGACCUUCAGAGCCGUGUCUCCGGCCUCGUCCAAUCACAGAGGCUCUUCGUGUGAACAGCGCCUGUGCCCAGAACCAGAGCCCGAGCCGGUCCGACUGAGCGUGACCCGAAGCAAGCCUCCUCUCCUCCGCGCCCCCAGCCACAGUCCUGCUUUCUCCUCUACUGCAAAUACUUCUACUACUACUACUGCUACUACUACUUCAAACAGGACUCGCGCCGCUCCUCUGUCCCCCAGUGACAACAAGGCCAACAACACAGACGCUCACCUGAACAUCGACCUGUCAGACCUGAACUUCAGAGCCGCGUCUCCAGCCCCGUCCAACCACAGAGGCUCUGAACAGGUUCUGGUCCACAGUCCGGUGAGUCCAGACGAGCAGAGCCGACCUCAGUCCAAAAACACUCUGACCGACCUCCUCGACUCUCUGAGACUGUUGGAGGAGGAGCCCUGUAAACUGCAGAGCAACAAGAAGAGCUACUGCAAGGACAAGUACACAGGCUUACAGGACGUAGACUCUCCGUCUCUCACCGCUGAUAACCUCCAGCGUCACGUGCUGCAGAGCUUCCCUCCUCCUGACGGUGGCGCUCUCCUGUCUGAGGCCAAACUGCAGAGCAUCAUGAGCUUCCUGGACGAGAUGGAGCAGAGUGAACAGGAGCGACCGCGCUCCGCCACCUCCGGCUCGCACAAAGAGGUGUUGUUGUCAGAAGACGAGCUGUUGGCCGUGGAUCAGGCGUCGGCCACAGCGGCAGAACUGAGCGGGAACAUGACCAGGAUCAGACUGGAGCUGGACGAGAAGAAACGCACCGUGCACAUGCUACAGGCAGCUCUGGCCCAGCAGAGGGAGCUCACAGCGCGUCACGUCAAAGAAACAGAGAAAGAACUGAACAGGAACUUUCAACUCCAGAAAGAACAAUACGAGUCGACCAUCCAGAGACACCUGGCAUUUAUAGACCAGCUGAUCAAUGAUAAGAAGAGUCUGAGCGAGCGCUGCGAGGGAGUCGUGUCCGAGCUCAAACAGGUCGACUCGAAGUACACCAAGAAGAUCCAGCACAUGCAGCAGCAGCAUGACAUGGUGUGGCAGGUUCUGGGUCCUUUGUGUGAGGAGAUAAAGAAACUGAAGGAACUGAUGGCCGCCUCCGAGAAAGUCCGACGAGAAAAAUGGAUCGACGAGAAGACCAAGAAAAUCAAAGAGAUCACUGUCAAAGGACUGGAGCCGGAGAUCCAGAAGUUGAUCUCGAGACACAAACAGGAGCUGAACAAACUCCGGUCGCUGCACGAAGCCGAGCUGCUGCAGGCCGACGAGAGAGCGGCCGCCAAGUACGUCCAGCACGCCGAAGAACUGAGAGAACGACUCCACCGAGAGAGAGAAGAGCUCUGCGAGAGGGAGAGAGAGAGCGCCAAGAACAGGUAUGAGAAGCAGCUGCAGGAGGAGGAGUUGUCGCUGCAGCAGCAGAGGAGACGUUUGUACAAAGAAGUUUCAGAGGAGAAGGACAGACUGGCCCAGCUCGCAGCACGUCAGCGUGCGGAGCUGGAGGAGCUGAGGAGGCAUCUGGAGGAGAACAGCUCUGUGGCCUCACGAGCUCUGAGAGAAGAGCUGGAGAAGAGCCGAGAGGAGCAGGAGAGAAGACACCAGAUGGAGAUAAAGGCUCUGCAGGAGCGAGUGGAGCUGGAGAAACAGACAUGGGAGGACACCUACAGGACCAAACAGGAGGCGUGGCUCCGGAGCCGAGAGCGAGAGAUGAAAGAGGAGCUGAAGAGAGAGAGAGACAAAGAGAUAGAACUGGCCAUCUGGACUCUGGAGGAGCAGACGAGUAAAGAGAGGGAGGAGAGCGAGAGAGCGCUGGAGAACAGAGUGAAGCGUGUGAGGGAGAAGUACGAGGCGGAGCUGCAGGAGCUGGAGCGCUCUGAGAGGGGCGCUGUGGAGAAACACCAGGAAACACGACAGAAACUACUGCAGAGAGAAGAAGAACUGAUGAGAGCCGCAGCAGAACUACGGCUCAAAGACCAGACCAUCCAGAGUCUAAAACAGACGUGUGAGAAGUUGUCGUCGGAGCGCCACAGUCUGGCCGAGGUGAUCCGUGAGGAGUUCGCCGAACGUUUGGUCCAAACAGAAGAAGAGAAUCGACAACUGAAGACGAGCGUGAGCGAAAUGAGAGCGAGACUCCGACUGGAGCUGGAGAGAGUGACGAGAGAGAAGGAGGACGAGCUCAGCCAAGUACACGAGAGAGUGAAGGCGGCCAUUUUGAAGAAAGAGGAAACUGUGAAUAGUCUGCGCAAACAACACGAGGCUGCACUGAAGCGAGCCGACCACCUGGAGGCGCUGUGGGAGCAGCAGAGGAAGCAGCUCCUGGAGAAGUGACCCCCCCCCCCCCCCCCCCCCGUUUGUACUGAGCCCUGUGGCCCUUGAGCCUCACACUUUUGUAAGUUCAGACGAAGAACUGAAGAAAAACUUUUAUAUUUGUGUAUUUUUAUGUAACUGACUUUUGCAGUAAAUUAUUCUUAGUUUAUUUGGAGUUUAAUAAAAGAGAAAAAGAAACUGUAGUUUUUAUGAACAAAGGAAGUGAUCCCAGUUUAGUCCUGGUUUAGUCCUGGUUUAGACCUGUUUCAGACCUGGUUUAGACCUGGUUUAGUCCUGGUUUAGACCUGUUUCAGACCUGGUUUAGACCUGGUUUAGUCCCUGUGGUAUGUAGAACACAUGUUUUAUGAUCUGGACCAGUCUGUACUCGUCUUGGGGACUGAUAAGAGACUUGACUAUGACACUGGAAUCUCAGGAACCAGAGACCUGCUGUAGUCCUGGUUUAGACCUGGUUUAGACCUGGUUUAGACCUGGUUCAGUCCUGGUUCAGUCCUGGUUUAGUCCUGGUUUAGUCCCGGUUCAGACCUGGUUUAGUCCUUGUUUAGUCCUGGUUUAGUCCUGGUUCAGACCUGAUUUAGACCUGGUUCAGUCUCGGUUUAGUCCUUGUUUAGACCUGGUUUAGACCUGGUUCAGUCCUGGUUCAUUCCUGGUUCAGUCCUGGUUUAGUCUUUGUUCAGUCUUGGUUUAGACCUGGUUUAGUCCUGGUUUAGACCUGGUUUAGACCUGGUUCAGUCCUGGUUCAGUCCUGGUUCAGUCCUGGUUCAGUCCUGGUUUAGUCUUUGUUCAGUCUUGGUUUAGACCUGGUUUAGUCCUGGUUCGGUCCUGGUUUAGUCCUUGUUCAGUCUUGGUUUAGACCUGGUUUAGUCCCGGUUUAGACCUGGUUUAGUCCUGGUUCAGUCCUGGUUUAGUUCUGGUUUAGUCCUGGUUCAGUCUCGGUUUAGUCCUGGUUCAGUCCUGGUUUAGUUCUGGUUUAGUCCUGGUUCAGUCCUGGUUUAGUCCUGGUUUAGUCCUGGUUCAGUCCUGGUUUAGUCCUGGUUUAGUCCUGGUUUAGUCCUGGUUUAGUCCUGGUUUGGAUUUGUAAAGUUGAAGGUUUUGAAGAAAGUGAUUUUUUUUUUUUUUUUUUUGAAGGAAAUUUGUGUGAAAAACAAACGUUUUGGAUGAAAAAGUGAGUUUAUUGUGAAAGUUCGAGGCUUUUAUUUUGAAAAGACGGAUUUUGUAAAGUUGAAAGUUUAGACGGAAAAAAGAACGUGAGGAUUUUAAACGGAACCAGAGAAAAACCUGAACCGAGACCGAAAAUAAAGAGUCACAUCUCAAACUCUCGUCUCUGUGUGUUUGUUUGUGUUUGAGUUUUUAAGCCGGAUGCCCUCCCUGCUCCUCGGGACAAACGUGUCUUGCUCAAGGACACAAAGAUAAGAGAGAGUUUUGUCCUCGUCUCGUGUUUGGAGACUCUGUGUCCUCUGAAAUACCACCG